GCUGAUGCUGGAGUUUGACCUACUCAUCUUCAGCUUCGGACAGCUGCCCUUGGCGCUGAUGACCUGGGUUCCCAUGUUCCUGUCCACUCUGCUAGUGCCCUACCAGACCCUAUGGCUCUGGGCCAGGCCGAGAGCUGGGGGCACCUGGAUGCUGGAGGCUGGCCUGGGCUGUGUUCUGCUGGCUGGCCAUGCAGCGAUGCUCUGCGUCCUCCCAGUCCACAUAGCAGUGAAGCAUCAGCUUCCGCCCGCCUCAAGAUGCGUGCUGGUCUUUGAGCAGGUCCGGUUCCUGAUGAAAAGCUACUCCUUCUUGAGAGAGACUGUACCUGGGAUCCUUUGUGCCAGAGGUAAGAGUAUCAGUGCACCUAGUUUCUCCAGCUACCUCUACUUCCUCUUCUGCCCUACCCUCAUCUACAGAGAGACAUACCCCAGGACACCCAGCAUCAGGUGGAACUAUGUGGCCAAGAACUUUGCCCAGGCCCUGGCCUGUGUGCUCUACGCCUGCUUCAUCCUGGGCCGCCUCUGUGUCCCCGUCUUUGCCAACAUGAGCCGGGAACCCUUCAGCACCCGUGCCCUGCUGCGCUCAGUCCUGCAUGCCACAGGCCCAGGCAUCUUCAUGCUGCUCCUCAUCUUCUUCGCCUUCCUGCAUUGCUGGCUCAACGCCUUCGCCGAGAUGCUGCGAUUUGGAGACAGGAUGUUCUACCGGGACUGGUGGAACUCUACUUCCUUCUCCAACUACUACCGCACCUGGAACGUGGUGGUCCAUGACUGGCUGUACAGCUACGUGUAUCAAGACGGGCUGUGGCUCUUGGGCAGGCGGGCCCGCGGGGCGGCCAUGCUGGGAGUGUUCCUGGUGUCUGCAGUUGUGCAUGAAUACAUCUUCUGCUUCGUCCUGGGGUUCUUCUACCCGGUUAUGCUGAUGCUCUUCCUCGUGGUCGGGGGGCUGCUGAACUUCACCAUGAAUGACAGGCACACAGGUCCAGCCUGGAACAUCCUGAUGUGGACCUUGCUCUUCCUGGGCCAGGGCAUCCAGGUCAGCCUAUACUGCCAGGAGUGGUAUGCUCGGCGACACUGUCCCUUGCCCCAGACAACAUUCUGGGGGCUGGUGACACCUCGAUCUUGGUCCUGCCAUCCCUAG